AUUCCACUUGCACCAUUGCCUGCUUGCUUGCUCUUCAGAAACCGGUUAACAGGUGUGAUUGAUUGUUGUAGCUUAUAACUGUAGCACAGUUCUUUCUAUGCAAGCCUAUUUCAUUCUUAAGCUAAAAAGCAUUAGAGAGAAAACCCAUUUAAAACAAUAAAACAACCUAUAUACAUAUUAAUAAGCUUAGAAGAAUUAACCCCAGCCCUAACAUGGAUUCUGGCAGGAGCAGUCCUUCAGUCCCCCAGCCAAAAGAAGUCCUUUUAGUUACCAGUUCAUGACAGCUUCAGUUCAGAACAAGCACACUCAUAAAAUGUUUAGUUCACCCUUUAUAUGGUUCAGGGAUCUUUGAUCUGAAAGCAGGUAAUGAGUAUAUAGUGGGUCUCUCUCUCUCUUGCAAUGGCUGUCUUCAAAAGAUAGGCUUUGGAAGGGAGAAUUUGCUUUGUCCUCUUCCCAAGGUACUUCAUAGGAAAUCCACUUCACAUAUACUGUUCCAAAAGACCUCUGAAUUUCCUAAUAUCUUCCAAGAUUGCAUUACCCUUGUCUUCCUGCUUAAAAAGUUCCACACAAUGUCCUUACAUAAACAUUUGCAUUUCUAAUACAAUGAACUCAGAAGAUGUUAAACUUAAUGGAAUAAAUUUUAACUUAAUUCAAUGAAGUUUGUUCAGGAUAUAACAGAAUACUGUCCAUCUGUUUAAAAAACUGUAUGACAUGUUUUGUGAGGUAUGAAGCAACCCUUCGUAGUAGCACAUCCUGUCCUCAGAAUUGUUGGAUCAUAUUAAAGAAGUUCUGUAUUAAAAUCACAAAUGAGUUUGAUUCCCCAUAGUUUAAAUUCCAGGGUAUUACUAAUUAAGAGGUCUCUUGGUUUUUGGUACUGUUUCUCUUCCUCUAUGUGUGAAACUUGCAAGCUGCUAAUUGCGUUAGUACAUUCUAAGACAGAGUCUGUUCUCAAAGCAAUUCGCACAGAGAGAAAUUCAAAGCAAUACUCUCUAACAACAGAAACAGCACCCAGAGACUCCCUGCCCUUUUGUUGUAUUAACAAUUAUGAUUAAAAUAGAGAUAGAGAAUGUAUGUGGAUGGAUGCUUGGUGUGGAUAAUAACUGAAUGAUCAGGGAGGUGCCAGCCUAAGAAUCCAGUGUCCAUCGGCUGAAGAAGGCGUCAAGUGGAAAUAACCAGAGGACCCCCGGAGGGCAGACUGGAAUCCACCCAACAGCCUCAAGAAUGGGAGAACCAAAGAACAAGAUAACAUCUGGCAGCACGGAGCCGUCAGGAAUGUGCUAUCUGCUGAUUGAUUCAGCAACAGCAUGAUGAAGCAAUUCUCAUAGACUGGCAUAGGAAGAAAUUCCUAUAAAAAUGGACUCUAGAAAGUGAGAACGUUGGGGUCUGAUUCUGCAAACCAACUUCCAGGAGUAUCAGAUGAGCAUCUGACAAGGCCCUGCUCCCUCCUCAUGUCCAGGCCACCUGGCCAGUGGCUUGGCAUGAGCAACUCUAAGGCUGCUAAUUCCAGUCUUCUUGGAGGUGGAGGGGUGGAUGGCUGUAUACACAGAGCUGCUGGGCCCUGCCUAGUUGCUGAAUGUCGCAAUUUGUGUGGCUGUGAGACUGGACAAGCUAAAAUUACUUGUGGAUAUGACCUGCCUGCCAAAUAUGUCAUUCAUACAGUGGGACCAAUAGCAAGAGGCCAUAUCAGUGAUACUCAUAAAGAAGACCUGGCAAGUUGCUAUAAAUCAUCCCUGAAACUGGCAAAAGAAAACAAUAUCAGAUCAAUUGCAUUCCCCUGUAUUUCAACAGGAAUUUAUGGUUUUCCAAAUGAGCCUGCUGCUGUUAUUGCCCUUACCACUAUUAAGGAAUGGUUGAACAAGAAUCACAAUGAGCUGGAUCGUGUCAUCUUCUGCGUCUUUUUGGAGGUCGACUACAAAAUUUUCAAGAAGAAAAUGAGCGAAUAUUUCCCCACAGAUGAUGAUAAUGAAGAGGAGAGUGAGAUAAGUGAGGAUACAGAGGGAUUGGAACAAAAAGGCCAGUCACCAUCUCCCUUGAAGUGCAAAUCAAAGAAAUCUGAGAACCUAAAGGAUGAUGAUGAGGACGAUAAAAGCAGAGAAGAGAAGCAAAGUAAUGAAGAAACUGAGGGCCAGAGCCAAGAAGCAGAUGAGGCAAAACCGACAGCUGUACCCAGCCCACCAUCAGAAGAAGGAAUAGAGCUGUGCGAGGAUAAAGAUUCCUCAAAAGAGUCCGAAGCCACACAAGAGAAUGACCCAGCACAUCAUGCAAUGUGUGAAGAAGAUCAAGAUGAAGGACAACAGGAUGUUUCCACAAUUGAUGAAAUGAAAACUCAGACAGAUUCCCAGAGCUCCUGCAUGGAAACAGAAGAGCCCUUGUCAAAUAAAGAGGAUGCAAUCAAGGUCGAGAAGCCAAUGACUCCUAUAGUAGAUGAAAACAAAGAAGAAAGCAAAGAAGAAGAGACAGGAGCAGCACAAGGGAAAGGGAAGCUAUCUGCAGAGGCAAUGACAGUUGAAAAUCCAUGUGACACAGAAAACAUUUCAAGUAAUGAUGCUGAAAUGAAUAGUCAGGUUGAAAGUAUAAAUGAACUUUCAGAAAUGCAGCCGGAAGAUUAACAAAUAGAAGAACAAUAUGAGAGAAGAGAACAAUGGGGUGAAACGUGAACGGCAGUCAUUAGCAUUGUAUGGCAUCAUUCUAACUAUCGGCAGAAAGCGCAUCGGAAGGUGCCCCAUGGGAUGGGAGGGGAAGGGAGAUAAGGGAAAAUGAAUGUUUGUUUUAAUUCCUCUUAAUUCUCAAUUGCAUUUUGUUCUGUAAACCUGUUUUAAAAGAAAAAAAAGCUUCCCUACUUUGGUCAUGAUGUCCCACUUCAAGCAAUGUUUUGCAUUGUCCUGGCAGUUACAGCAACUUCUAGGUCCUGGGUAAUAUUGGAGAUGCUUAUUCUCCCCCCCCCCCCCCCAACACACACACAUACACUCUAUCACUAGCCUCUGAAUCUCAUUUCCCAAUGAGGGCACAUCAUCCAAGCAACUGGUGGGAAUGGGAUUUUUUUGGAUUCUCUGGGAUAAAUUUGGGGCUUUGGCUUGAGGAUGUGGACUGCCACAAAGCAUCAUAAAUCACAGAACACUGUGUAUCUUAGGAAUUUUAAGAACAGCUGUUCCAAACAAUCCCUGUAUUAAUAGUGAAGUUAUAGCACAGUGCCCAACUCCAGCAACAUCAGUCAGGAAUUCCUGACUGCAAGUACCAGUGCAAAAUAUUUAGAGCUUUUAGAACAAUGACCCCUGCCACUAUGGAGAUAGUAAAAGAGCUAGAAGGAGUGUUUCCUAGUGCACAGUAGAAUCCAACCUAAGCUUCACACUAUAAACUUGGAAAUCUGGAUGCUUCAGGAUGUCUUAUUGCUGUAUUGCUCACUGGGAGAAUGGAGACGUCUGUUGCCCAUUGCUGAUCUAUCUAAAUCUUCUGGUCAUAGCACAGCAUGUGAUGCAAAGUAAUGCAGUUAGUGCAUCGAUUCUGUUCUCUUCUAGUGAAUUUGCACUUCUAAAAGUAAAUAAUUAUUUUAAGUGGGUACUUAAAGUACCUGUGGGCAACUAAUACUUUGCACAGCCUGUGAGUAAUGGAGGAUAACAGGCAUUCUGCAUCCAGCACAUCUUUAAAUAUAGUUUAUGGCUUUAACAACUUCACUGUACCUUGUGUCAGCCCUCAUUAUAUUUUCUACUGCAUAUGCAUGAUUUUUAAAAAUGCAAUUAACAGUUAUUUCGUUAAGAAUGUUUUACCAUAUGUCAUUUGUUCUGCCAGCAAGUGCUGCAUUCAGAAAAGAGGGCUUAUGUACAUUUUUUCAACAGUACUGUAAAUUUAAUUGAUACACGAGACUGAAGGAGCACACAGCAUGUGUCCAGGGUCUGAUGUUCUGCAAAAUAUAAUGGUGUUAAAAACAACUAGAGCUUUUUUUUUUUUUAAACAUUCCGAGAUUCUGGUUUUGCUUGAAUAUGUACGCUCUUUCCCCCAAUCCUGAAAUGAUGACUGACUGGCACGCAAAAAAAAAAAAAAAAAAAAAAAAGUUGAGAGGAGACUGAAAUGUAUUGGCCCUAUUCUGAUCAAUGGAUUUGUGCCAAGUUCACACUGAUAUAACUGUGAGCCCUGUAUGUAUAUAAACAGUUUGACGGCUGCUGGCAUUUGCAGGUUGAUCGGAAAUAAUGACGGGACAAACCGGGAUCUAAAACAAGACCUGCAGAUUUGUCUCUGGGAGUGUGGCCACUAGGAGUGCCUGACAUCUUCCAAUGAGCUGAUUUUAUGUGCCUCUAGCAUUGGAGCCGCUUGAUGACCCCAAGGGGGAGGAGGGCAUUGUCUGCAGUCACUUCCUGUGGCAUUGUUAGGGAACAUGGGGUGGGGGCUUCCAAGGCUUUUGGAUUUCUGUUUGGAGGCUAGUAGAUAUUUCUUUUUGAGCAUGAUCAGCUUUGAAAGAAACUAGGUUUCAGAUGUAAUUAAUCCUGUUAGUGCCUGUUAAAACAGUGCCAGGAUUAUACCAUACUUACUACGUGGGGUCAGAAUGCAUUUUGGACAUCCCUUCCCCUACCCUUAGACGCUUCUAUGCCUCUCUCCUUUUCCAUUCCUGUUAGCUUGACCGAAGGUAUCUUCGGGACCACACCCCUGAAUGUUAUUUUCCUUCUGUCCCUACAUUUGUUUCUGGCUGAUUCCAAUUGCAGCAGUCAAAGGACCAGCAGCUUGUGUAUCUGCAUGAUGCACAUACAGUAUGUUUCAUUAUCAAAUGAUUUCUCUUUAAAUAGCCUGUCAUAAUAGAACCGAUACCGUUUCUGAGGGAAAAAAUAAAUGUACUGGGUAACAAUAAUGUUAAUCCUCCAUUUGUGUGUGUCCUCUUUAAAAAGGCAAAGAUUGAAGGGCUCCCUUUGUUUGUAGAGCUAGGGAAACUCCUCCAUAAAGCAUUUGGAAAGUCAAUUGGUGUAAGCGUUCUAAAGCGUGGUGGGAAACUGUGUGGGCCAGAUUUUCAGUUUUAAAUUGUCACAGCUCCACUGAGUGGGGCUGAGGUAGGGCAAUAUCCACAAGGCAUGGAUCUGGUCCUAUGUGUUUAAUUCUGAAGUUGUACAUGUAUGAUUUUCACAGUCUUCCACGUACAACGCUAGAGAACUGCAGGCUGCUGCUAGCUGAGUAUCCUCAAUGUUAGUGAGAUUCAGGCUCAGCAAGGAGCAGACAAGGAAGAUCAAUGCGAGAGACUGAUUAAAGAGGGGUGUUCAAAAAUAUACAGAGAGACAAGACAAUCCUUAAACUCCUUGGCAGUACUGACUGAUAUUAAAAAUAAUUAACUCCACAAAUACUUCAGGUUAGAGACUCCUUAUAACCAGUGACAGUAAUUUCAUUGCUACCCUCGUUUAACCUUGGUUCUCUUUAACAGCAGAGAUUCUUUGAAGCUGUGAAACUUUUGCCUGAGGACUCUGCAGCAAGUGUGAAGCACAGGCAGGAAGUGUAGAGUAAGAAAAUGUAUGAGUUGAUUAAAUCUUAACAGUCCAAUUUUCAGUCAUGAGUGUGUAGCUUGAUUUCCUUGCUUUUUUGUCAAUGUGGCUUUGGGGUUGCAUCUGUUUAGGAUUUUUUAAUGAAAAACAUUAAUAAAACGAUGUACGCACAGUUAGGCAAUUUGAUUCUGAGCUCUUUGGUUAUUGCUGGACUGGUUGCACCCUGAAUGCAGCCACCUUUGAUUUUGCUGGAGCUACAGAAGUAGAGAGUUGGCUCUGUAGAAGAAUAAAUAUCAGAAAUAGAUUAAUGCCACUAUAACAGGAGUUUUGGUUAACAACUAAAAUUUUUAUCACAGUAUGUUCUGUAUAGAAAAUAGAACCCCUAAAUUAGUGGUGUUUGCAUCCAAAUAUUAGAAUAUGCUUUCACUGUUCCAAUUGAAAAAGUGCUUAUUCUACAAUUAGGAGCAUCAAUCUAUUUUUCCUGCAGCUAGCGAUUGCUCUGAUGACGGACAAGUUUCCUUUCCUACAGGCUUACAAAGGAGAUGUCUGAGACACUGUCUGUAAUAUCGGGUCACAUAUUAUUCACUACAGCUAAUUGUAAAUCUUUCUAUGGCGCGCUGAAAAGCCUGUUUGUGAAUUAACACUGUUCUGCUUUAUGCAUUUGAUUGAAAAAGAUAUUUCUCUAUAUGCAGUGCAUGUCUGCUUUGCUUUUAAAAUUACAAAGUUAGCAGAAUAUGUUGGAUAUAUUUUCUUGGGGAAUAGGGGUUUUUAUCAUACGAUUCAUCAAGGAUUUGCCUUACCCUGACAUUUGUGAUAUAAAGGAAAGUCAGAAAAAUGUAAUUUUCUUGAUCAAAAAUAUGUUUUUACUUAAAUGCAAAUAAAUGUAGUCUGUUGCUUGCACAAUAUAUGGUAUAGUGGCUAAAUAGGUUAACACGUCUUUUUUGUUAAUCUGAGAUUUACAUGCUGAAUUUCCUUAUGAAUCUGUUGUUUUUUCCUUUGUCUGUGCCAUACAUCUGAAAACUUAAACUAAUGAUGCCUUCAUACUACAAUGUUUGUUAAAGCAAAAUGUUAAUAAAAACUUGUUCUGAGGACAA